CGUGAACGCGAGCUUUGUGCGCGCUCCCGACUGAAGGCGAAUGCGGUAGCCUACGAAAAAACAAGCAAGCAGCGCCGGAGCGACAAGACGGGCACAGUUUACCUCCACAUCACAAGAUCAUAUUUUGAAGCGGAAAUUUCACGCCCUGUCGGGUCGUGUUAACGUUAAAGACGGCUGAGGAUAUUCACGGGCAGAAACAAUAGGAUGCAGUGUAGACUUUGCUGGUGACUGGUCUGCAGGCUCUCCACGUCUCUUGUCCCUGGAGUCAGCCAGUUGGGGGGCAGAUUCCUGCGUUCCCCUUCUCUCAGUCUGAGUCUUUGUCUGGACAAAACCAACUGCCCGGCAUUGGAGCACACAGCUCAUCCUUGCCCGUGUUGCUUGGAUCAGCACAGCUCUUCUCCUGACUGAGGAGAGCGCAGCAGCUGCACAAGAUUCACCUUGUACCAACUGAUCCCUCCCGGCCCCGCCCACACUGCCCCGUCACCAUGGUGCUGUCACAACGGCAACGAGAUGAACUAAAUCGAGCGAUAGCCGAUUAUCUACGUUCCAAUGGAUAUGAAGAAGCAUAUUCCACUUUCAAGAAGGAGGCGGAAUUAGAUAAUAAUGAAGAAUUGGAUAAGAAGUACGCCGGCCUUUUGGAAAAGAAAUGGACCUCAGUCAUUAGAUUACAAAAGAAGGUGAUGGAGCUUGAAUCCAAAUUGAAUGAAGCAAAGGAGGAGAUCACCCUGGGUGGGCCCGUAAGUCAGAAACGCGACCCCAAAGAAUGGAUUCCUCGCCCACCAGAAAGGUACGCGCUAAGUGGCCACCGCAGUCCAGUCACUCGCGUGAUCUUCCACCCAGUCUUCAGUGUUAUGGUGUCUGCUUCUGAGGACGCAACAAUAAAGGUGUGGGACUACGAGACAGGAGACUUUGAACGCACACUGAAGGGCCACACAGAUUCGGUGCAGGACAUCUCUUUUGACCAAACCGGAAAACUGCUAGCAUCCUGCUCUGCAGACAUGACUAUCAAGCUGUGGGAUUUCCAAGGCUUUGAGUGCAUCAGGACCAUGCAUGGACAUGACCACAAUGUUUCGUCUGUUGCCAUCAUGCCCAAUGGAGAUCACAUCGUUUCUGCCUCAAGGGACAAAACCAUAAAAAUGUGGGAGGUGGCAACUGGCUACUGUGUGAAGAACUUCACAGGCCACAGGGAGUGGGUCCGUAUGGUGCGGCCCAACCAGGACGGCACACUGAUUGCAAGCUGCUCCAAUGACCAAACAGUGCGUGUGUGGGUCGUGGCCUCCAAAGACUGCAAGGCUGAGCUGCGGGAGCACGAACAUGUGGUGGAGUGCAUCUCCUGGGCGCCAGAGAGCGCCCACCCCACCAUCCAAGACGCCACAGGCUCCGAGACCAAGAAAAGUGGUAAGCCGGGCCCCUUCCUGCUGUCUGGCUCCAGAGACAAAACCAUCAAGAUGUGGGAUGUUAGCAUUGGCACGUGCCUUAUGACACUGGUUGGCCAUGACAACUGGGUGCGUGGUAUCAUCUUCCACCCUGGAGGCAAAUUUAUUGUGACCUGUGCAGAUGAUAAGACCUUAAGGAUCUGGGACUACAAGAACAAGCGCUGCAUGAAAACCCUGUGUGCCCACGAACACUUUGUUACCUCUCUGGAUUUCCACAAGGCUGCUCCCUACGUGGUCACUGGGAGUGUAGAUCAGACAGUAAAAGUGUGGGAGUGCCGCUGAUUUGGACCUUGGAGGAUUGGACCACCACCACCACCAUCACCACCCCUAAUUACCCAGGCGCUCCUCUAGAUCUCACCUCCCCUCCUGCCAUUCCACCCCCCCUUUCAUCCCACCUCCCCGUCUCACUUAACCUAAACCUCAUCUGCACACUGUCUCCUCCAGCUGCACUUACCACCAUGGUUAUUUACCCAUUGCUCUCUCUGGUCCAAUAACUAUUGUCCUUCUAUGUAAAUUAUUCCUGGAUGUAGAUCGAGCUAUUAAAUGUUACACAAAAAAGUAUUCUUGCAUGGUAAUCCAAAAUUGUAUACUGUAAAUUUACAUAACAUCUAGAAGUACCAUAGGUUUACCACGAGGCUGGCCGUCUGUCACGCAGCCUUACCGACCAACCGAAGGCAGAUGUUUUUGACUGGGUGUAAAAUGUAGGGCACUAAAAACCGAUAAUUUAAGAAAUGACAGUGUCUUUAUGUGUAAGAUUUAUUUUUUGUUUAUUUUUUUAUUUUAUUUUUCUGUUAUUUUUUUCCUUCACUGUCGUAGUCUGUUGGUGCCUAGCUUGGUGAAACUUUCAGAGAUAAUGCUGGAAAAGCAUAUAUGAUGCGCUAAGAUCCGAUUGUCUGUGGGGCUUUGUUAUUGAAAUACUCUGUAGCUUUAUAACAUCACUUCUCAAGUGUGCAUACCAUUUUUCUUUAUGUGAAACUAGGUAAUAUUUUAAUGGCUGUAUAUACGAAUGUUUCAAACCGUUGUCCUUGGCCCUGGGGGGCUUAAAAACAGCUUUGUACUCUUGUCAUGGUGGCACAUGAACCACUGCUAGGCUUUAGAUGAAUUAUCCAAUUUAAUGAAUCUGCAGCAAAGAAUAACAAGUGGCUUUGUGAAUAACUUCAGAGUUCUUCACAAGAAGCCCAACUUGGAGAACAAGAUUGUUUGGCUUCUGUUGUCAGUGAGCGCCCUGGGUCACAGUAUCACCUGAGCAGGGUUCAGGGAUUACACCUGAUUAAUCUCUAGCACUUGAUAAAGACCUUGGGUGUAUCUCCCUUUAGGAGAUGAUUUCCUGUGACCUUGCAUGCAAGACUUUUGUCAAACUGAAGCCUCUGUCCACUUCUAGUCCACUGACCUGGCAGUCUUGGCAGGGUCGGUGUACCAUAGGAAUUAUGUAAAGUCAAGAGAUGCUCAGUUGUCCCAUGGCGCCUCUUAAGGCUACAAACAGGAGCCUUGUGUAAAAUAAACCUUCUAAAGAGUAACCAUGAAAGCAUGGUGAUGAGGAGUCAAAGUGAGCCCCCUGGGUUUGUUAUUUGGGAUGUGCAAAGAUCUCUAAUUUCUAAGGGGUGAAAUAUAUGUUCUGCAUAAAAACAAAUGGUUUUGAGUAAAAAAAAAAAAAAAAAAAAGGUUUUCUGUGAAAAUAUGAAAUGUAAAUUUAGCUUGGUGAGAGAUUUGGCAAUUUUUUUUAUCGCACUAAAGGAUGAACUGGAUGGGAAUUUAGAAUUAGUGAGGAAAUGCUAGCAGACAUGCUAUGUGAUGUGUGGAUGCUGUUUUCUGUACAGAGGGGUCUGAUGCUGAGGUGGCGAGUGGGUUAUGUUGUAAAGACCUCCUUACUGUAAAAAGAGGCAUUGGUAGCUCCUGGAUUAGAAACGGAGGAGAAUGCUAAAAGCCGGAGCAGCGAGGAUCUCUACAGACAAACUCCACAGACCGCCUCACACGUAUGCAAACGUCUUCUGAGUGGCUUUCCUCUAAUGUUCAGCUUUUGAUCUUUUGUGGAGCUGAAAGAAAAACUGUAAACCAGUCCAUGCUGUAGAAACGCCCAUUCCGCUUCCCUUGAAGGACAAAAUAAAUGAAACCUCUUGCUUCUUACUAUAGAUGACAAGGUGAUUCAUUAAUCUUGCACAUCCCUGUUUUCACUAAAUCUUUGGUCAUUUAAUGAUGAUCAAAGAAAACAUUAAAAUUUAAUGAUGAUAAAUGCAUAAACCUAUAAUUUCUGAUUAGCCGUUUCAUUCCAAUGCAGUUCUUGGCUAAUAAAGAAUUCCACUGCUUAACUGA